AUGGCCUCCAAGGCCGUGAUCCCCUUCCUCGUGGGGAUGAUGUUGCUCACUGGAGUGUGCAACACCCUCCUCACCAAGUACCAGGACAACCAGUGCGUCCGGAAUUGCGACGAUCCCGACCCCAAGAAGCGCGCCCACUUCGAGCAGCCCGUCAUCCAGACCGCCCAGAUGUUCGUCGGCGAGAUGGGCUGCUGGCUCGUCGUCGGGCUCAUGGCCCUCUGGAGGCGCUACGUCUCCAAGGACUCGUCCGCCGCCGGCUAUGAGGCUGUCCACGCCUCCGAGGCGGACGCCGACGCCGACGCCGCGAGCAUCCGCUCCACCGAGCCCCUGAACCCGACCGCCGACGCCAAUUCCAACGGGGGCUCGAGAAGCCAUUCCAAGCCCGCCGCCAGCGACGCCACGCUCCGCGGCUUCCGCGUGCUGCUUCUCUCGCUGCCGGCCAUCUGCGACAUCCUCGGCACGACGCUCAUGAACGCGGGCCUGCUGCUGGUGGCGGCCUCCAUCUACCAGAUGACGCGGGGCGCGCUCGUGCUCUUCGUGGGGCUGUUCAGCGUGCUGUUCCUCAAGCGGCGCCUGCACCUGUUCCAGUGGAUCUCCCUGGUCGGCGUGGUGCUGGGCGUGGCGGUCGUCGGGCUCGCGGGCGCCAUCUGGCCUGACCAGCAGAAGAAGAAGAUCCCUGGCGACGAUGGUGCGCACGCCGAGGAGGUCGGCGCUGACGCCCUCCUCGCCAUCGUGGGUGUUCUGAUGAUCGCCGGCGCGCAGAUCUUCACCGCCACGCAGUUCGUCCUCGAGGAGUACCUUCUUGAGCGGUCCACCAUCGACCCCAUCCGCGUCGUCGGCUGGGAGGGCAUCUUCGGCUUCACAGUCACGCUGCUGGGCAUGAUCGUCCUUCACCAUGCCAUCGGCCGCACUGACCAGGGCCGCUACGGGCCCUUCGACAUGGUCGAGGGCUGGAGGCAGUGGACCCAGAACCCGCAGGUGUUGCUGUCGAGCUUCCUGAUCAUGAUCAGCAUCGGCGGCUUUAACUUCUUCGGCCUCUCCGUCACGCGGACCGUCAGCGCCACCUCCCGCUCGACCAUCGACACCUGCAGGACCCUCUUCAUCUGGGUCGUCUCGCUCGGCCUCGGCUGGGAGACGUUCAAGUGGCUGCAGGUCGCCGGUUUUGCCCUGCUUGUCUACUUCACUUUCCUGUUCAACGGCAUCGUCCAGCCGCCCUUCGAGUUCUUGCGGCCCAAGGAGGAGGUGGAGGAGCUGCUGCCCGAGGAGCCCGUGGAGCAUAUCUAA